CAUCAUAUCAUAUGUUCAGGAAGUACCAGGAAUGGGUUUUCACAUCACACAACCUGGUUCAUCUGUUGCAACAUCAUUGAUUGAUGGUGAAUCAAAGCCAAAACAUGUGCUGCUUUUAGAGAUCAAGGGGAAUCAGUAUCGGCCAACAAAGAUACCUCUGAGUUCAGUGAGGCCAUUUGAAUACACAGAGGUGGUGCUGAAGGAUGAGCCUGACAUAGACUCGAAUGAUCAUAAUACAAUUCUUGAACAUUUGGAUAAAGUGGUUAGAGAUUUGAUAGAGAGGGCAAACCAAAAGGCUGUGAAGAAACAAGAGCUCAAGCUUCCCUUAGUUCGAAUAAAGGUAAUUUUUGUAUUAUUGUUAUUUUCCCUUUUUAUAGUUUAACAAUCGGAGUUAUACUAAAUAGGAUAUUGAUGAAGUUCGUGUU